CGUCAUGGGCCGAUCGCCCCUCCGCUAACCGCUCAUCCCAGGAAAAAGGGGCGCACAGAGGACAGGAUGCCAACAGCAAAACCGCAGCGACGUCUCUCUGCCUUGGGGCUCAGAGCAGCGGGCCGCGACCUCCCACUAACGCCUGCCGCAACCCAAGGAGGACACAAAAGUCAUCUUCCGGGCUGCAACAUUAACCGUCAUCAGCGCGCCUCUUCAGCGCGGACUGCGCCAACCCUGCGGCAGGAGGAGGCGGAGCCCCCGCUCUCGCCCCGCCUCCACCUCACGUGACCCGCACGGCGCUUCGAGGCCGGAAGCGAUUGCGAGCCAGCGCGCGCGCUUCGGCGUUCCCGGCGGUCUGCGAAGUUUCCGGAGCCCCGGUCCCGCCGCGGGUUCGCGCUUGUGCUCGCGCUCGUUCCUGGAGUCGGCGGCUGCUGCGCGCGCUCGUUGCCCAACCCGGUCCCCGCCCCCAGACACGCCGGGCUCUCGGGGCACCACAGCCAUGUGCUCGUUAGCGUCAGGCGCUACCGGCGGCCGGGGCGCUGUGGAGAAUGAGGAGGACCUGCCAGAACUGUCGGACAGCGCGGACGAGGCCGCCUGGGAGGAUGAGGACGAUGCAGAUCUCCCCCACGACAAGCAGCACACCCCCUGCCUGUUCUGUAACAGGUUAUUCACAUCUGCUGAAGAAACAUUUUCACACUGUAAGUCUGAGCAUCAGUUUAAUAUUGACAGCAUGGUUCAUAAACACGGACUUGAAUUUUAUGGAUACAUUAAGCUAAUAAAUUUUAUUAGACUUAAGAAUCCUACAGUUGAGUACAUGAAUUCCAUAUACAACCCAGUGCCUUGGGAGAAAGAAGAGUAUUUGAAGCCAGUAUUAGAAGAUGACCUUUUACUUCAAUUUGAUGUAGAAGAUCUUUAUGAACCGGUGUCAGUACCCUUCUCAUACCCCAACAGACUCAGUGAAAAUACAUCUGUUGUUGAAAAAUUGAAACAUAUGGAAGCCAGGGCACUGUCUGCUGAAGCCGCAUUGGCUAGAGCACGUGAGGAUCUGCAAAAAAUGAAACAAUUUGCUCAGGAUUUUGUGAUGCACACAGAUGUCAGAACCUGCUCGUCAUCUACUAGUGUCAUUGCGGACCUCCAGGAGGAUGAGGAUGGUGUUUAUUUCAGCUCAUACGGGCAUUAUGGGAUACAUGAAGAAAUGCUAAAGGACAAAAUACGAACAGAAAGCUACCGAGAUUUCAUAUACCAAAAUCCACAUAUCUUCAAAGACAAGGUAGUUUUGGAUGUUGGUUGUGGAACUGGAAUUCUCUCUAUGUUUGCUGCUAAAGCUGGGGCGAAGAAGGUUCUUGGAGUUGAUCAAUCUGAAAUACUUUACCAGGCAAUGGAUAUUAUAAGACUAAAUAAACUUGAAGAUACUAUUACACUAAUUAAAGGAAAGAUUGAAGAAGUUCAUCUUCCUGUAGAAAAAGUAGAUGUUAUCAUAUCUGAGUGGAUGGGCUAUUUUCUUCUGUUUGAGUCUAUGUUAGAUUCUGUCCUUUAUGCAAAGAACAAAUACUUGGCAAAAGGAGGCUCGGUCUACCCUGACAUUUGCACUAUCAGCCUUGUAGCAGUGAGUGAUGUGAAUAAACAUGCUGAUAGAAUUGCUUUUUGGGAUGAUGUCUAUGGCUUCAAGAUGUCCUGCAUGAAGAAAGCAGUUAUUCCAGAAGCUGUUGUGGAAGUUUUAGAUCCGAAGACUCUUAUUUCAGAACCUUGUGGUAUUAAGCAUAUAGAUUGCCAUACGACGUCUAUCUCAGAUUUGGAAUUUUCAUCAGAUUUUACCCUGAAAAUCACAAGGACAUCCAUGUGCACGGCAAUUGCUGGCUACUUUGAUAUAUAUUUUGAGAAGAAUUGCCACAACAGGGUCGUGUUCUCUACAGGCCCUCAGAGCACCAAAACACACUGGAAACAAACAGUAUUUCUACUGGAAAAACCAUUUUCAGUUAAAGCAGGUGAAGCCUUGAAAGGAAAGGUCACAGUUCACAAGAAUAAGAAAGAUCCACGUUCUCUCACCGUGACCCUCACAUUGAAUAAUUCAACUCAAACUUAUGGUCUCCAGUGAAACAGCCAUAAAAGCACACUACCUUGUAGUUUUUAAUGUGGGGGUAGAGUGGGUCAGCAGGAGGGAGCUGGUUUUAUGUGAGCAGAUGGAUGGAUGAUGGACCCUUUCCUAAUGAGCCUCCUCAAUAAGAGAGAAGUUCUUACUGUGGGAAUCUGACAUAGUUCAGCUGAGGAAGAGAAUCAGCUGAUCCUCAUGGUCUGCCACGUAAUCAUUUUCUUAGACGUUUGCUCCACCAGAUUUAACCAAAUGUAACUCCCACAUUGAGUUUAUCUUUAUUGAAAAUCAUUUACAUUGGCCUAUAUUUGGAAGAGAGAUACUCUUUUAAUAAGUUUCUUACUAUAAAUUUUAAACAAAUUGGUUAGUUAUUUGGAUAUUUUAUUAAACUAGUAACACAGGUACUACACAUUUUAUUAUGGACUCCUCUGAGGAGGAGUUUUUAAUAGUAUUUGCUAGAAAAUCAGGAUGUAAUAAAGAUUAGUGUAAAAAAACUAAAAUAUGGAAAAGAGCUUCAGCCUUCAUAUACAAAUCAUAUAUGCAGACAGCCUAGUUGAUUGUCUAUCUAGCAUACUUAGGGUUCUCAUUUUGUAGUUUCUUCCCUCUUUGUGACUAUUCCUUAGCCUUAUAGAUUUCUAGUACUGCCCAGGAAAUCUAAUUUCAAUACAUUUAUCCUAGGUUUCAUGAAAGUUUUUAAAGAUUGGGAUAAAUAUGUACUUAUUUACUAAUGUAUUAUCUUUUUCAAACCAGAUUUAUGUGCAAAGGUUAAACAUGUAACUGUUACUAAGCAGUCUAUAAAGUUGUCAUUUACAAUUACUGAUUCAAUUUGAAAUGUAGAAUGAAAAAAUUUUAAUAAAAUGUAUCAAACAACUUAUAAAA